UUCAGGAGUGAAGUGCUGAUCAGCAGGCUCCUGGAGGCUCGCGCAGAACUCGAUGCUCACGGCUUUAUGUUUGGGAUUUGUUUCCGAAAAAAUGAUCCCCAUCAGGUGAUGGAUUUAUGAACCAAGACUCUUGUUCUUCACGCAUCCAUCAGUUAUUCAGUCACCGUGCAGGAGUCGUACGCCCAUCCAUAUGAUCAGAUUUAUUACACCAGCUGUACUGACAUCCUCAACUGGUUCAAGUGCACCAGACACAGGGUGAACUAUCGAAUUGCUUAUCGGAGAGGUGAGAAAACCAUGCACCGGAGGAAGUCCCAGUGUUGCCCAGGCUUCUACGAGAAUGGAGAUAUUUGUGCUCCCCACUGCGCAGAGAGCUGUGUCCAUGGCCGAUGUAUGGCACCCAACACCUGUCAGUGUGAGCCCGGCUGGGGGGGCUCCAACUGCUCCAGUGCGUGUGACAGCAGCCACUGGGGACCCCACUGCAGCAACAAAUGUCAGUGUCAGAAUGGAGCCCUCUGUAACCCUAUCACUGGAGCCUGCAUCUGCACUCCUGGAUACAGAGGGUGGCGCUGCGAGGCCCAGUGUGAACUGGGGACCUACGGGAAUGGGUGCCAACAGAAAUGCCAGUGCCAGAACGGGGCUGCUUGUCACCAUGUCACCGGAGAAUGCAAGUGCCUGCCAGGAUACACUGGAGCUUUUUGUGAAAACCUGUGUCCUCCAGGUAAACAUGGGGAGCAGUGUGAGGAGAGAUGUCCGUGUCAGAACGGAGGAGUGUGUCAUCAUGUGACCGGAGCAUGCUCCUGUCCUGCAGGAUGGAUGGGGACAGUGUGUGGACAGCCAUGUCCAGAUGGACGAUUUGGACAAAACUGUUCUCAGGAAUGUCAAUGUCACAAUAAUGGCUUUUGUUUGGCAUCGACUGGACAAUGUCUCUGUAGCCCCGGAUACACUGGAGAUCGUAUAUCUUUUAUACAUUUUUAUGAGACGGAUAAAGAUGCACUUGUUUGUAGAAGUGACAGCUUUGAGCUUUAUGCUUGUUUGCACACUGUAACUGAUAAGUUUGAUCUGUUUUCUGUCCUUACUAGCUGCCACCCGAUGUCAGGGGAGUGCACAUGCCAACCGGGUUGGUCUGGUCUCUAUUGCAACGAAACGUGCACACCAGGAUUUUAUGGCGAGUCUUGCACCGAGGUGUGCCAGUGCCAGAACGGGGCCGACUGCCACAGUGUGACCGGGGAGUGUAUUUGUGCUCCGGGCUUCAUGGGACCCAGGUGUUCAGUCCAAUGCCCAGCAGGGACACAUGGAGUGAACUGCUCCUCUAGCUGUAAAUGUAAAAACAGAGCCCAGUGCUCACCUGUUGAUGGAUCCUGUUCCUGUAAACCAGGUUGGCAUGGUGUAGACUGCUCCAUCAACUGUCCCAGUGGCACAUGGGGUCUGGGCUGUAACCUCACCUGUAACUGUGCUAACGGAGGGGCGUGUAGUGCCUUGGAUGGUCAGUGCACUUGUGCUGCAGGUUGGAGAGGGGAAAGGUGUGAAGUUGACUGUCAGGAUGGGACCUACGGUCUGGAGUGUAAGGAGCGCUGUGACUGCAGUCAUGCUGACGGGUGUCACCACUCCACGGGUCACUGCCGCUGUCUGGCUGGAUGGACUGGCAUCCACUGUGACAGUGUGUGUGCAGAGGGCCGCUGGGGCCCAAACUGCUCCCUGUCAUGCAACUGUAAAAAUGGCGCGUCCUGCUCGCCUGACGAAGGGACCUGUGAGUGUGCACCAGGAUACAGAGGCACCACCUGCCAGAGGAUCUGCUCACCGGGUUAUUUUGGCCACCGCUGCAGUCAGACCUGUCCGCAGUGUGUCCACAGUAAUGGACCGUGCCACCACAUUACAGGACAGUGUGACUGUCUGCCUGGAUUCAAAGGAGCACUUUGUAAUGAAGUCUGUCCCAGUGGUCACUUUGGGAAGAACUGUGCCUGGAGCUGCAGGUGCACCAACAAUGGCACCUGUAACCCCAUCGAUGGAUCCUGUCAGUGUUAUCCAGGAUGGAUCGGCAGCGACUGCUCCCAGCCGUGUCCUCCAGGUCACUGGGGCCCCAACUGCAUCCACACCUGUAACUGCCACAAUGGGGCACACUGCAGUGCUUAUGACGGAGAAUGCAAGUGCACGCCUGGAUGGACUGGCCUCUACUGCACACAACGCUGUCCAUUAAGUUUUUAUGGGAAGGACUGCUCACAGACAUGCCAGUGUAGGAAUGGUGCUGAUUGUGAACACAUCUCUGGAAAAUGCACGUGCCGAACAGGCUUCAUGGGACAACACUGUGAACAAAAGUGUCCUCAUGGUUCAUACGGAUAUGGCUGCCGUCAGGUCUGUGACUGUCUGAAUAACUCCACUUGUGAUCACAUGACUGGAACAUGUUACUGCAACCCUGGCUGGAAGGGAGUUCGAUGUGACCAAGCUGGUGUUGUGACCAUAGGAAGCCUGAACGGUUUAACCAGUACAGCCAUGCAUGUGGACACCUACCAGAUAGGGGCCAUUGCAGGGAUUAUUGUCCUGGUCCUGCUGGUGCUUCUCCUCUUGCUCAUUCUUAUCGUCUUCAGAAAGAAGCAGAAGGGUAAAGAGUCCACCAUGCCAGCUGUGACCUAUACUCCUGCCAUGAGAGUUGCAGCUGACUACACCAUGGCAGAUGCUCGCACGCCAACUAGUGAGGCCCAGCCCAGUAAUUAUUUCUCCAACCCCAGUUAUCAUACCCUAACCCAAUGCAUCAGCCCCACACACAUCAGCAGUGGUCCAUAUGGAAAGGUCAGUUUUAACCAGUUAUUGGCAAACAUGAAGAAUGUGGAUCAAAGAAAACAGGCUCAUGUAGGCCCUCAAAUUGGUACGCUACCUGCAGACUGGAAACAAAGAGACUGCUUCAGUGAACUGGGAGCCUGUGGUGUUGACAAGGCAUUUAUGGGAACACCUUUAGGAGAUAUGGUGAAGGGCAGAGCCUAUCAUGUCAGCUCCUGUUCCCUUAACAGUUCUGAAAACCCAUAUGCCACAAUAAUUGACCCUCCCUUAUUGACAUCCAAAAACACAGAAUGUGGCUACAUGGAAAUGAAAUCACCCGCCAGACGAGAUUCAGCGUAUGCAGAAAUUAGCAGCAGCAGCUGCAGCAGCAGCCCUAACAAUAACCGAAAUGUCUACGAAGUUGAACCAACUGUAAACCCCAUCCAGACCUCUGAAAUUAGCAACAGCCAUCUGCGGUUUCACCAGGAUUUAUAUGAUCUACCAAAAAACAGUCAUGUGCCCAUUCACUAUGAUUUCCUGCCACCUAGAGAAAGUCCUUCCUCAGAGCUGAAGGAGUUGGAUUGUGAAUAACGGAUCAGGAUCCAGAUCAGGUCUCUGCAGAUGCUCUACAUACAGCUCCUAAAAUCAUGACGAUCUGCUGGUCGCUUCAUUCUGACUGAUGAGGAGUACAAAUACCUUGAAGGGUCGUCUGCAUGCCUGAUGAGUGAUGAAGAGACAGACGCUGAACAUACUGAAACGUGGAAAGUGUAUCCACCAGAAUGGAGGGCAACAAAGCUAACAGACAUUUUAAAUAGGUGCCAGUACCAACUUGCCAAGCUACAACAAAAGUCAGCAGAAUGAUACAUCAGAUUCCCUGUUGAGUUUGCAACAUGAGGCAGCCUCCAAGAGGCAUAGACAAAAUGUAUAUGAAAUGAAGCCUUUUGUUCCCGUGUGUUAAUAAAAAUCUUUAAAACAA